AUGUCUAUGGAAACAGAACUGAAAGUCAAAGAAGAAGUGCAAAGGCUGGUUAAAGCAGGUUUUAUAAGGCCAGCCAUUUAUGCUGAUUGGUUGUCCAAUAUUGUACUAGUCCUUAAAAGGAAAAUAGGGGCAAUCAGAAUAUGCAUGGACUACAGGAAUUUGAAUGAAGCAUCCCCGAAAGACGAGUAUCCAAUGCCUAUGGCAGACAUGCUGGUAGACGGAGCUGCCCACAAUCAGAUGCUAUCAUUCAUGGAUGGCAAUGUAGGAUACAAUCAAAUAAUUGUGGCAGAAGAAGACAUCCACAAGACAACCUUCAUGUGUCCAGGGCAGGUAGGUCAUUCUCUAGAAGUUUAUAUGGAUGAUGGGAGUCGAUUGGUUCAAGAUAACAAAGAAGGGAAGGAACAUGCAGUAUAUUACCUAAGCAGAACUUUAACGGAAGUAGAAAGGAAAUAUUAUGCAAUUAAAAGGCUAUGUCUAGCUUUAUACUUUACUGCUAUAAAACUCAAACAUUACAUGCUACCUUUCACCACCUACAUCAUUGCCAAGACAGAUUUGAUCAAGUACAUGCUAACAAGGCCAAUGUUGAGAGGGAGAAUUGAUCAUCCAGGAGAAGAAACUGAGAACAUGGAUUCCAUGGACAUAGCCAAUGCAGAUCUACUGACUAGAGCUCACACCUACCUCAAUAAUCCCAUUUACUCGGUCCAUCUCACCCCCGGGAAGCUAUACUUUGAUGGAUCUAAAACAGACUCAACCUCUAGAGUAGGGAUUGUUUUGGAAAAUCCACUAGGAAUCAAACAUUGCUAUUCCUUCCAGCUAGAUUUCUAG